UUUGGCCUUGUUUAUACUACUGAAGCAGAGUAAGGAAACUUUCUGAGCAAAUUCUGCUGUCCUACAGAUUGACAGUAGAAGAUUUCAAAGUACAACUGGCUCGAAAACUUUAAAUUUCUAACAAACGUAGCUCUUGUUGUUGCGUCAGCGAGUGAAAAUAUUCUAAUUCAAAAUGAGUGGAGGAGUAUAUGGUGGAGACGAAGUUGGAGCACUCGUUUUUGACAUCGGUCAUUAUGCAUUAAGAGCCGGUUAUGCAGGAGAAGAUUCUCCUAAAGCUCAAAUUCCCUCAGUAGUUGGUGUACUUGAACAGGCUUCAUCGGUUGAAAUGAUGGAUGUUGACAGAAUUAAAGAAGCAGCUCCAGCAUCUGAAAAGAAAUAUUUCAUUGAUACAGUGGCAUUAAACGUGGCCAAACAAGACUUGGAGAUUGUUGGCUACCUGAAGGAUGGUAUGAUUGAAGAUUGGGAUAUUUUUGAAAAAAUUCUGAAUUAUACGUAUGCCAAAUGCAUAAAAUCGGAAUCAGAAUUUCACCCAGUUUUAAUGUCGGAAGCACCUUGGAACACUAGAGCAAAACGGGAAAAGUUAACUGAAAUCAUGUUUGAAAAGUAUAAUGUCCCAGCAUUUUACCUCGUCAAAAAUGCAGUCUUGGCUGCAUUUGCAAAUGGAAGAAGCACUGGAAUUGUUGUUGAUAGUGGUUCAACUCACACUUCUGCUGUACCAGUUUAUGAUGGUUAUGUUCUGUCUCAAGGGAUUGUCAAGUCACCCCUUGGAGGAGAUUUUCUUACAAUGCAAUGCAAGCAGCUACUUGAAGGCAAAGACAUAGAAGUUGUUCCUCCAUACAUGAUUGCUGCCAAAGAAGCUGUCAAGGAUUUCGAAAAACCUAAAUGGACGCGAAAAAGUAAUUUGCCAGAAGUCACCAAGUCAUGGCAUAACUAUAUGAUGAAGGAAGUCAUAAGGGAUUUUCAAUCGACAGCUCUUCAAGUGGCUGAUGCGCCUUAUGACGAAGAGACGGUAUCUACAAUCCCAAUGGUUCAUUACGAAUUUCCGAACGGAUAUCACCAGGAUUUUGGCUGUGAGCGUUUUAAGAUUCCAGAAGCUUUGUUUGAUCCUAGCUCAAUCAAAGGUGUGGGAAACACAAUGCUUGGCGUUGGUCAUGUAGUGACGACCAGCGUUGGUAUGUGCGACAUUGAUCUUAGACCGAGCUUGUACGGUAAUGUUAUCGUUACUGGCGGAAACUCACUACUUUUAGGCUUCUCUGAUCGUUUGAACAGAGAUUUAUCAGCUAAAACACCUCAGAGUAUGAGACUGAAAAUCAUCAGCGCUAGUGGAUCUGGUGAGCGUAGAUUUGGUGCCUGGAUCGGAGGUUCAAUAUUGGCUUCGUUGGGAUCCUUUCAGCAAAUGUGGAUUUCUAAGCAAGAAUACGAAGAAGGUGGCAAGACACAGGUGGAGCGUAAAUGUCCGUGAAAUAAUCCUGAUCCUUAGAAUUUGAAAUAAACAAACACGCCCCUCCCAAUACAUGUCUCAUAAUUCAUGAUUAAAUGUAGCCCCGCUUAUAUGCUGGCAUUCGAUUGCAUGUGGCUAUUAUCUAUCAUCUCGGAUAUAAAUUAACAUUUUUCAACAA